AUGAGAAGGUUGGCUCCGCCGAUCGGGCGUAGUCGUGCGAUCCCCGCCGCUCGUUCUCGUGCUGGCGCUGACCCUCCCCUCGAAGUCCGCCGGCGGAAUCAGGCCCUAUCCCAGCUGAUACGAAGCGGCCGCCUCCGCGAAGCGCGCCGGUUCUUUGACGCCCUCCUCGACCGCCGCAGUGUCGUCUCCUGGAAUUGCAUGAUCGGCGGCUACGUUCGCCACCGCGAGCUUGUCGAGGCCCGGAAGUUGUUUGACGAAAUGCCACAGAGGGACGUUGUCUCCUGGAACUCCAUACUCGCGGGCUACGCACUAUCGAGGGACCCUGGAGAGCUCGAGGAGGCCUGCCGCCUCUUCGAACGCAUGCCGACCAGAGAUAUUAUCUCGUGGAACACCAUGAUCACUGGCUACGCACGGAAUGGCAGGAUGGAGGAAGCCAUGCAACUCUUUGGCAGAAUGCCCGAUGCGAACGUCGUGUCCUGGAACACCGUGAUGACCGGAUAUCUUGGUGUUGGUGAUGUUCAAAGGGCUGUCGAGCUGUUCGACAGGAUGCCUAUCCAUGAUGCUGCUUCCUUGAACGCACUGGUGUCAGGCCUCAUCCACAAUAACAGGCUGGAAGAGGCGGAGGAAUUUCUGCUUGGAAAAAGACGAAAAGCCAAGGUGAUUGAUGGGGCUAUUGAUGCGUACAACACCUUGAUCGCUGGUUAUGCCCAGCAGGGAAAGGUCGAGGAAGCAAAGAGAUUGUUCGACUUGAUUCCUCAUGGUCCGUAUCAAGAUGCAGAGGUAGAUGCAAAGAAAAUGCAUCGUAAAGUGAGAAGCUUCGAACGGAAUGUUGUAUCAUGGAAUUCUAUGAUCAUGUGCUACGUCAAGGCCAGUGAUAUUCUCGCAGCCAGGGCACUCUUCAAUGAGAUGCCUGAGAAAGACUUGGUAACAUGGAAUACCAUGAUUGCCGCCUAUACACAAGCCUCAGCAAUGGACGAGGCUGAAGCUCUUUUCCAGGAAAUGCCCAAUACUGACUCAUGGACAUGCAACUCAAUGAUAUGUGGAUUCACUCAGAAAGGCCAGGUGGAACGAGCAAGGAGAAUCUUCGACGAAAUGCCCCGAAAGAGCAUCGUCUCUUGGAACGCAAUGAUCGCUGGAUAUGAGCAGAAUGGAGACUAUGAUGGAGCAAUCGACUUGUUUGCUAACAUGCUAGUUGCCGGUGAGAGACCGGACCGGCAUACUCUGUCUUCGGUGCUCAGUGCUUGUGCUGGUCAUGCAAAGCUUCUUCUAGGGACUAAAGUGCAUCAGCUGAUCACCAAGACGAUCAUACCAGACAUUCCAAUAAACAAUGCCCUCAUCACUAUGUAUUCUCGCUGCGGCAAGUUGAUGGAUGCCAAAGCCAUCUUCGAUGGCAUGGGAAGUCAAAGGAACGUUGUCACUUGGAAUGCAAUGAUUGGUGGAUAUGCACAGCAUGGGCAAGCCAGAGGAGCUCUUGAGCUCUUUGAAGAAAUGAAACGGAGGUGUAUUAGGCCAACUUACAUAACCUUUAUCGCCAUCCUCAAUGCAUGUGGCCAUGCCGGGCUAGUGGCUGAAGGUAGGAGAGAAUUUGAUUCCAUGGUUAAUGAAUUCAGAAUUGCACCUAAAGUUGAGCAUUAUGCUUCCCUAGUAGACCUUAUAGGCCGGCAUGGGCAUCUCAAGGAUGCAAGGGAGGUGAUAAGCAGCAUGACAGUUAAACCCGAUAAAGCCGUAUGGGGAGCAUUGCUAGGUGCUUGUAGAGUUCACAACAAUGUGGCAUUGGCUCAGGUUGCUGCAGAGGCCUUGGUGGAGAUUGAACCUGAAAGCUCUGCUCCGUAUGUAUUGUUGCAUAACAUGCAUGUAGAUGAAGGGAAAUGGGAUAAUGCCACUGAGAUAAGGAAAACCAUGGAUAAGAACAGGGUGGUGAAGCAGCCUGGUUACAGUUGGAUUGAGAUGCACAACAAAGUUCAUAUAUUUGUUUCAGGGGACACAUCACAUCCCUCUUCACAUGAGAUUUUUUCACUGAUAGAGAGUUGCAAUAGGCACAUAAGAGACUCACAACUUGAUUGA